UAGAUUGUAUAGGUGAACUGAAGAUGGGGAAAGUAUCAUACAUGAAGCUGAAGGGAAGUCAGAACUUAAGACUACGUCUAUUGCUGGCGACCCUUUCAUUAAAAUCAAUUAUAAUUGAGGAUAUACGUGCUGAUUCUACUUGGCCUGGCCUUCGUCCACAUGAGGUCUCUUUCCUCCGUCUCCGUGAAAAAGUUUCUGAUGAUUGUCUCGUUGAAAUCAAUGAAACUGGUACAAAACUGAAGUACAAACCAGGAAUUAUAAUGGGAGGGAGGCAUUUAGUUCAUGAUUGUGGUGUUAGUCGCUCCAUUACCUACUUCUUGGAACCGUUGAUUGUGCUCGGUUUGUUUGGAAAGAAACCACUCGCCAUUAGGCUUAAAGGGAUCACAAAUGAUUCAAAGGACCCAUCUAUUGAUACUUUUCGAUCGACUACUUUGCCUAUAAUGAAGCAAUUCGGAGUCCCUCCAGAAGGAUUGGAACUGAAAAUUGAGAGUCGGGGAGUUCCUCCUAAAGGUGGUGGAGAAGUAGUUCUUUCUGUCCCUGUGGUUCCAAAUAGUUUAAAGGCUACUAAAUGGGUUGACGAAGGUCUGUUGAAGAGAAUUAGAGGUGUUUCCUUUUCAACUAGAGUCUCUGUUCAGUUUGAGAAUACUGUGAUACACGCAGCUCAUGGAAUCUUGAAUCCUUUGCUUUCACAUGUUCACAUCUUUACAGAUCAUAAAGCUGGAAUGUAUGAUGAGUCACCUGGCUAUGGAAUUUCUCUAGUGGCGGAGACUACAUCUAGUUGUGUUAUAUCUGCUGAUACUGCAGUUUCUUAUGCAAAAGGAGAAGAUGAUGCUGACCUAGAGGAUGAUAGGAAAGAUCUGAUCCCUGCUGAGGAAGUUGGCGAGCAAAUUGCUUCUGCCCUACUUGCGGAAAUAAAACAGGGGGGAGUAGUUGAUUCAACACAUCAGGGACUCCUGUUUCUUCUAUGUGCCUUGUGUCCGAAAGAUGUUUUAGAAGUUCGAGUUGGGAAGCUGUCACCCUAUGGAAUAGAAGCAUUAAGGCACAUCAGAGACUUUUUAGGUGUUAAAUUUUUCAUGAAACCUGAUGCCUCCACAGGAACUGUCAAUCUCAUGUGUCUUGGCUCUGGAUUUCAGAUUUUAUCCAGGAAAGUAUCAUAAU